AUGGCGAGAGACUUGUCACCCUACAGCGCACGACGGCUGCUGACACAGCAACUGGUCGAAGGAAAGACAGCUUCGCCUUCGCCGCAGACUGGCAACAGCAGGAGCGGUAGUCCGGGAAGGGUCUCAAGGCACGGAUCAGAACGACCGAAAAAGGAGCCCGUAGCAUCUGGUCGACGAUCGAGGAGUAGAUCAAGGGAGAGGAAGCCGCCGCCGCCUUCGUCGAGGGAGGCCAAGGAUGCGACUGUAGAACCAGACACAGUUGUCAAGCGCGACCCGUCACCCGAACCAUACCGGAAGCCGCGAGUUGCAUCCCGAGAAAGGAAGCGCCAUGGCUCGAGAGAAGGAAAGAGGGACCGCUCAAGGGACCGCUCAAGGGAUCGGCGGCGAGACAAGUCACGGGACAGGAGACGGGAUCGGUCUGGAGACAGAAAGAGGGAUUCUUCAAAAAACAAGCGACGCGACCGCUCACGUGCCAAGGACACGGACAGAGACAAGAAGCGAGAUGGUUCAAGAGAGAGACACAGUCGUCGAGAUCGGUCGCGCUCCAGAGACCGACGGCGCAGAGACAAGUCCACCCAAGGACGACGGUCACGCUCGCCCCUACCCUAUCGUUCUCGCAAGCCACGUACCCGCUCGCCCUCGGCAUCCGCGUCUCCACCCCCCAAACGCCGUCGUCGCACGCGAUCGCCCUCUCCCCAUAAACGAACAAAGCAACCUCUACCAUCACAGGAAGUCUCAUUCCGUGGCCUCGACGACUCUGCUCAGCCGCCGUCCAAGUAUGGAGGUGCGCCGCCAGACAAGGAGAAGCCCAACUUCAAGCCCACCGGUGCGCUGGCGAAAGCGGCCAACCGAGUAGAAGGUACCAAGAUCAUCCUCAAGUACCACGAGCCAGCCGAAGCGCGAAAGCCACCUGCCUCACAACCUUGGCGAAUCUUUGUCUUCAAGGGGGACGAUGUCGUAGACACGAUUGAAUUAUGGCAAAAGAGUUGCUGGCUACUAGGCCGUGCACACGAAGUCGCCGACUAUGUGCUCGAGCAUCCCAGUUCGAGCGGGCAACACGCCGUUAUUCAGUUCCGGUACAUAACAAAAACAAAGGAAGACGAGUUUGGCGUAAAGAGCACGAGCGGAAAGGUCAAGCCCUAUAUCAUCGACCUGGAGAGCAGUAAUGGAACGGAGCUGAAUGGUGAGGAUCUCGAGGCGAGUCGCUACUUUGAGCUCAGGGACAAGGACGUACUCAAGUUUGGUGGAAGCGAGAGGGACGAAGUCCCUGAGUACUAG